GAAACUUCAGGAAAAGAAAUGAAAAAACAAUUGUUUUUGUAAGUGGAACCAAAAGAGUUAAAAUACCUGGGGAUAAACUUAACAAAAGAUGUAAGGGACCUAUGCACUGAAAAUUACAAAGCAUUGUUAAAAGAGAAUGGAGAAAGACACAAUGAAAUGGGAAGAUAAUCCAUGUUCAUGGAUUGGAAGAAUCAACAUAGAUAAAAGGGCAUAUCACCCAAAGCAAUAUCUGUAUUGCAUUUAAUCCCCAUCAAAAUCCCAAUGUUAUUUUUUUAAAGAAGUAGAACAAAAACAUCAGAUUUGUAUGGAACCACAAAAGACCCCAAAUAGUCAAAGCAACCCUGAGAAAUAAGAACAAAGCCAGAAGUAUCAUACUACCUGACUUCAGAUUACACUACAGAGCUACAAUAAUCAAAAUAGCAUGGUAUUGGGGGGGGUGGAAACAGACACACUGACCAAUAGCCCAGAACUGAGAGCCCUGAAAUAAAACUACAUGUAUAUGGGCAAAUAAUUUUUGACAAACAAGCCAAAAACACACAAUGGAGAAAAGAAAGCCUCUUCAAUAAAUGGUGUUGGGGAUUUUCCUGCCAUUGAGAAGUUGCACAGAGGUGGAGGCUUGUAUGCAUUCAAGAUUCAACUCCACCCAUAAUCCACUGUUAUGGCUGAGGAAGGCAUUACUGCUGGAGGUGUAAUGGACAUUAAUACUGCUUUACAAGAUGUGCUGAAGACCACCGUCAUCCAUGAUGGCUUAGCAUGUGGAAUUUGUAAAGCUUCCAAAGCCUUUGUGUGUUUGCAUACAACUGAUGGGCCUCUGUAUGUCAAGUUUGUGGCUGCUCUUUGUGCUAAACACCAAAUCAAUCUAAUUAAGGAUGACAGCAAUAAGAAACUAGGGGUAUGGGUAGAUCUUUUUAAAAUCAGCAGAGUGGGAACGCCCCAUAAAGUGGUUGGUUGCAGUUCUGUCAUAGUUAAGGACUAGACAAGGAGUCUCAGGCAAAUGAUGUCAUCAAGGGUACUUCAAAUGCAAGAC